CCAUUGCACAUUGUAUAUAUCUUAGGUGCAGCAGAACUCCUCUCUGCAUUCUGUAGCAUGGUCCACUGUGACUUUCUCAUCCUAUAUAAGCUUGAUGUUUAUCAACUAAGGGAAGCUUAAUGAAUGUCACUGAUUAUCAAGAACCGAAUCAGACAAACCUGUUUCAGUUUUUAAAAGGAAUCCAGUUGUCUGGAAAAAACCCUCCCUAACUAAUGUGAACCUGAAGAACAGCCAAACAUCAAGAACUCAGAAAAAAAAUUGAAAAACUAUAAACAGAUAAAAUGAGUGCUUCUGGAGGGAAUUGUGGAAGCCCCAAUUCUACAGAACAUGCAGUUGACUAUUUCAAGGAACUAUGGUCCAAACUGAAAGAAUGUCAUGAUAAAGAAGUCAAAGGAUUAUUGUCAAAGAUCUCUAAACUGAAAACAGAAAGGUGUCUAGAUGCAGCAAGGCUUGAUGAGUUCUAUGUAAAAAACCAGCAGCUUAGAGAACAACAAAAAUCAUUGCAAGAUACUAUUACAGUUUUAGAAGAUCGGUUAAGGGCAGGAUUGUGUGAUCGUUGUGCAGUAACUGAAGAGCAUAUGAAGAAGAAACAACAGGAAUUUGAAAAUAUUCGGCAACAGAACCUUAAGUUAAUCACUGAACUGAUGAACGAAAGAAACAACUUACAGGAUGAAAAUAAAAAGAUUUCCGAAAAGCUUCAGAAAAUGCUGCAAAAAAUUGAGGAGCAAGAGCAAUAUACGGAAGACGUUAUUCCAGAUUCACCAGUUCAGUCCCUGUCACUUUCAAUGGUUAAUCGAAUGCGGCGUAAACGAGAAAAUAGGCAUGUCCGGUACACAGAACAAAAGUGUACAGAUAUGGAAAAGAAAGGAACAAAAUAUGAAUUUGGAAAUAUUCCAUUGUCAUCCACUCAAAAGCAUGUUUGUUCUGAAGAAGAAAUAUUGGUGGCAGAUACAUGUGAUCCACAGUUGUCCCCAGAUUCAGGCAAAGAAGUGAAAGAAGAAUGUCCCAAUACAAUGCAUUUUAAUUUCAAGGCAGUUGUUGCAGAAACACUUGAAUGUGAUGAACAUGAACCUCGCAGGAAACCACUUGGAGCUGCAAGAAAACAAUUGGUUCAAGGGUAUUAUAAAAGUAAUAGCGACAAUUUAGAAUUUUCCAAUCCAUCUGAGGAUCCUUCUUCACUUUCAACAUGGGAUUCCAAGAUACCUUCUCCUGUUUUCGGGGCAUCUGCCAAUAUUAAAAGUAGCUUAGGUUUCUCCCCAUCUGUUGUAGCAGCUGAGAAAAAAUCAAAUCUGAAAAACAGAUCCAUCAAUAACUCUUCCCUUUUAAGAUCUGAGAAAGUGAGAUCAAAAUCUGAAGACAUUGCUUUUAUGAGCCUUGGGACUGAAAUAGCAACAGUUCUCAAUCAAACUUCAGUUGGUAGGCAAGUGGCUUUGAAACAGAAUUCAGAGGAACCCAUAACAUGUGUGACCAAUACACAUCUGGAUAAAAGUGACGUCAUCAAAGGCGGCUUCCUUGCAUCACAGAAACUGUUAGGGAACAGAUGUUCCAGAAGGAAAAAAAAUGAUGAGAAGAGCAACCAUGUAAUCCGCUGUGAAAAAGAAAAUGCUUUUCCCUCCCAUGCAGAUGUUUCUCCUACUGCCAGAGAUAACACGACUGAUAAACCUUUGGAUCUGUCUGAUCGCUUCUCCGAUUUUCACUGUGAAAAAAUAAUUGCUGAAAGUUCCAAGAUAAAGAUGAGGCAGGCAACUCUCCAUGAUGUUUUUCAACCUCUAGUGAAAGACUCUUCUUCUAAAAUCACCAAUAGCAAUUCCAUAGUGAACAAAGAUUCACAAGAGAAUCCCUGCAUACAAGAAGCAAUACUAAAAUCUCUUACCAAAAUGUCCCCAGUGAAAGAGCAUGAAGUAAAAGAAGAAAUUGCUAAGUUUUCUAAUCCAUCUUUGCAAAAUGAUGACAGUAUAAAAGAGGUUGCUGGUGAUCAUGAACCAAUACGGAAGAGAAUAAGAUCAGGACAUGGAAUGGGUGAGCCAGCAUCAGUACUUCAGCCAAAUCCUUGCAGGGUGACAAAAAUCACACAACUUGAGCAAGAUAAAAUACCUUUGGAAAAUGUACAAUGGAGUAUAGAUCCAGGAGCUGACCUUUCUCAAUACAAAAUGGACGUUACUCUGAUUGACACAAAAGAAGGAACUCAAACAAGAAUCGGGUCAGAGACCCUGGACAUGGACCAUACGUAUAUCAGUGAUAGUAUUCUAUUAAGAAUGAAAAAGCAAAGACAGAAAGAAAUAAGCAAUCCAGAAGAAGUAAAAAGAGAAAAGGAUACCUUAACAGAAAUAUUUGAUCAGACAACUUAUGAAGAAUAUGAAUCCUAUUUAGAAGAUGACAAUCUUCCAGAAUGUGACCAUAAGAAUUCUUCUGAGGAAGAAGGAAAAGAAAAAAGAACCAUACAAAGGGAAGGAGACAAGCAAAAUAAAAUGAAACAGAAGGCUUUUGUGGAACCAUAUUUUAAAAGAGGUGAAAGAACAGAUCUUGUACUGGAUUUUCCUCACAUUGAAGUUGUGCGGAAAAAAGAAGAAAGAAGAAAAUUACCUGGCCACACUUGUAAAGAAUGUGAAAUAUAUUAUGCAGGUUUACCUGAAGAAGAGAGAGAGAAAAAACUAGCUACCUGUUCUAGACAUCGAUCUCGUUAUAUUCCUCCUGAAACACCAGAAAAUUUCUGGGAAGUUGGAUUUCCUUCCACACAAAUGUGUGUUGAAAGAGGUUAUAUAAAAGAAGAGUUUGCUCCCUGUCCACGUCCCAAAAGAAGGCAGCCUUAUAAUGUGAUGUUUUCUCCAAAAGGCAAAGAACAAAAGACAUAACAGGGAAACAAUUUUUAAAGCUAGCCAUUGUUUUUCAAUUCAUAUUUAUAUGAAUUUAUUUGAAAGGUAAAUAAUAAAGAGACCUGGGAAUUAUCUUCCCUUGUUCUAUUUGAAAAUGAUAGCCUCUGAAUGCAACUAUUUAAUGUAAAGAAUAUAUUUCUAGAUACAUUUUUGUGUCUUGAUGGAUUUUGCACCUUGUGUGUAUUUCUGAUCCUUUGGAGGUCUACAUUUAGCUCCCUGCAAUUAAGCUUGGUGUAAGUUAGUGUGAUUUCUUUGGACCAAGCAAAGUUGCAACUGCUUAUUUCAGGUCUAGAAUAGUUCCACGAACUUUAGAUGGAACCUUGUAGGGUGCUUCUAUUUUGCACUUGAUAAUUUAAAUAAAGUGUAACCAU